GUCAACUGUUUUCUUGACAUCUCAUUGUCGGUAAUUCAUUUUCUUCUUGCUUUCUGCUAGUUCCUUGGCAAAGAUCAACAGCAUGGCUCUGGCUUUGAUUGGAGAAUCACUUCUCUCUGCUGUUAUUGAGGUUUUGGUCGAGAAGUUGGCCUAUCCUGAGGUUCUGGGAUUCUUCAAAACGCAAAAACUCAAUGAUGAUCUUCUGGAAAGGUUGAAAGAAACACUGAAUACUGUCAACGGACUGCUAGACGACGCGGAGGAGAAGCAGAUUACAAAGGCUGCUGUGAAGAACUGGCUUAAUGAUGUUAAACAUGCUGUCUAUGAAGCUGAGGACUUGCUGGAGGAGAUUCAUUAUGAACAUCUACGAUCCAAGGACAAAGCUGCCUCUCAAAUUGUCAGGACUCAGGUCGGGCAGUUCCUUCCAUUUCUUAAUCCAACUAACAAAAGGAUGAAAAGGAUAGAAGCAAAGUUAGGAAAGAUUUUUGAGAAGCUUGAACGUUUAAUCAAGCACAAGGGUGAUCUUCGCCGGAUAGAAGGUGCUGUUGGAGGUAGACCAUUGUCAGAGAAGACAACUCCUCUAGUUAAUGAAUCUUAUGUUUAUGGUAGGGAUGCUGACAGGGAAGCCAUAAUGGAAUUGUUGAGACGGAAUGAAGAAAAUGGCCCGAAUGUAGUUGUGAUUCCUAUAGUUGGAAUGGGAGGGAUUGGAAAAACCACUCUAGCUCAGCUUGUCUACAAUGACAGCAGGGUAGAGGAUUUGUUUGAACUCAAGGUUUGGGUUUGGGUUUCAGAGAUUUUCGAUGUAACAAGAGUGAUGGAUGAUAUUCUUAAGAAGGUCAAUGCAAGUGUUUGUGGCAUCAAAGAUCCUGAUGAAUCUCUAAAGGAGGAGUUGGAGGGGAAAAUGGUUUUGCUUGUUCUAGAUGAUGUGUGGAAUAUUGAGUACAGUGAAUGGGACAAAUUACUGCUACCUUUGCAGUAUGCAGGGCAAGGAAGUAAGACUGUGGUAACAACACGGAAUGAAGAUGUGGCGAAAGUCAUGCAAACUGUUAACCCCUCUUACUCAUUGAAAGGAAUAGGCGAUGAAGAUUGCUGGCAGUUGUUUGCAAGGCAUGCAUUUAGCGGUGUAAAUUCUGGUGCACUCCCACACUUGGAAGCAUUUGGCAGAGAAAUAGUGAGAAAGUGCAAAGGACUACCUCUGGCUGCGAAAACUCUAGGUGGUCUUUUGCACUCUGAAGGAGAUGCCAAGGAAUGGGAGAGGAUAUCGAAUAGCAACAUGUGGGGUUUGUCAAAUGAAAACAUCCCUCCGGCUCUAAGAUUGAGCUAUUAUUAUCUCCCAUCACACCUAAAACGUUGUUUUGCUUACUGUGCAAUAUUUCCCAAGGGUUAUACAUUUAUGAAGAAUGAAUUAAUCACUUUAUGGAUGGCAGAGGGUUUUUUAGUCCAGUCUAGAGGCGAUGUGGAGACUGAAAGAAUAGGUGAGAAGUACUUUAAUGAUCUUGUCUCUAGGUCAUUUUUCCAGAAAUCAAGCAAUGAUCCGUCAAGCUUCUUCAUGCAUGAACUCAUAAUUGAUUUAGCCGAAUACGUAUCAGGAGAAUUUUGCUUGAAGUUUAUGGGAGAUGGAGAAUCAGGCUCUAGGUUGAAGGGUGGAAAUCCAUGCAGGCUUCCUGAAAGGACUCGUUAUUUAUCAUUCACUUCAAGAUAUGAUCAGGUAUCCAAGAUAUUUGAGCACAUUCAUGAAGUCCAACAUCUGCGCAACUUCUUGUUAGUAGCACCUGGGUGGAAAGCUGAUGGCAAGGUAUUGCAUGACAUGUUGAGAAUUCUUAAGCGCUUGCGAGUACUAUCAUUUGUUGGGUCUGGUUAUAUACAUCAGUUUCAGCUACCCAAUUCCAUCGGCAACUUGAAACAUCUGCGAUAUCUAGACCUUUCGGGUAAAUCAAUAGAAAGGCUGCCUGAAAAUAUGAGCAAACUGUACAAUUUGCAAACAUUAAUCUUGAAGCAGUGUUACUAUCUCAUCAAGUUGCCAACCAACAUGUCCAAACUGGUAAACUUACAACAUCUCGAUAUCGAAGGGACAAAAUUGAAAGAGAUGCCGCCCAAAAUGGGAAAACUCACAAAGCUUCGAAAGUUGACAGAUUUCUUUUUGGGAAAACAGAAUGGGUCCUGCAUUAAAGAGUUGGAGAAGCUCUUACAUCUUCAAGAGAAGCUUUCUAUUUGGAAUCUACAAAAUGUUGAGGAUGUUCAAGAUGCUUUGGAUGCCAAUUUGAAGGGUAAGAAGCAGAUUGAGAGGUUGAGGUUGACAUGGGAUGGAGACAUGGAUGGCAGAGACGUACUUGAGAAAUUGGAGCCUUCUGAAAAUGUGAAAGAGCUUGUCAUUACUGCUUAUGGGGGUACAAAGUUUCCAGGUUGGGUUGGAAACUCUUCUUUCUCAAAUAUGGUGUCUUUGGUUCUUGAUGGAUGUAAGAACUCCACCUCCUUACCACCACUUGGGCAGUUGCCAAAUCUUGAAGAGCUCCAAAUUAAAGGAUUUGAUGAAGUUGUGGCUGUUGGUUCUGAGUUCUACGGAAUUGGCCCUUUCAUGGAGAAGCCGUUUAAAUCCCUUAAAAGUUUAACAUUACUGGGGAUGCCACAAUGGAAGGAAUGGAAUACAAAUGCAGCCGGUGCUUUCCCUCAUCUUGAAGAGCUUUGGAUAGAAAAAUGUCCGGAGUUAACAAAUGCCUUGCCUUGCCACCUUCCUUCUCUGUUGAAACUUGACAUUGAAGAAUGUCCACAGCUUGUGGUUUCAAUUCCAGAGGCUCCCAAGCUCACCAGAAUCCAGGUCAAUGACGGUGAGGGUUCUAAUGAUCGUAUAUAUAUAGAGGAAUUAUCUAGUUCUAGGUGGUGUCUUACCUUUAGAGAAGAUUCUCAACUAAAGGGAUUGGAGCAAAUGAGUUAUCUUUCCUCUUCUAUAAUCAUAGACGUUGGCAUCUUCGAUUGCAGUUCGCUCAAGUAUUGUCAGCUAGACCUUUUACCCCCGUUAUCCACCUUUACAAUCCAAUAUUGUCAAAAUCUUGAAUCACUUUGCAUACAAAAGGAACAGCGGGCUCUCCGUCAUUUGAAAAUUGCAGAAUGUCCUAAUUUAGUAUCUUUUCUCGAAGGAGGAUUUGCUGUCCCAGAUUUGAGAAGGCUUGAGUUAGAGGGUUGCAUAAAUUUGAAGUCGCUGCCAGGAAAAAUGCAUUCCCUCCUUCCUUCCCUCGAGGAAUUGGAACUGGUCUCACUUCCACAGCUUGAUUUCUUUCCAGAAGGGGGUUUGCCAUCUAAGUUAAACUCACUUUGCAUCCAAGAUUGUAUAAAAUUGAAGGUGUGUGGUUUGCAAUCUCUCACUUCUCUUUCACACUUCCUAUUUGUUGGGAAAGAUGACGUGGAGUCCUUCCCUGAGGAGACGCUGCUGCCCUCUACUCUUGUAACCCUUAAAAUCCAGGAUCUGAGAAAUCUGAAAUCUUUGGAUUACAAGGGGCUUAAGCACCUUACCUCUCUUAGCAAGUUGGAGAUCUGGAGAUGUCCUCAGCUUGAGUCCAUGCCAGAAGAGGGGCUGCCCUCCUCCCUCGAGUACCUUCAACUCUGGAAUCUGGCAAAUCUGAAAUCUCUAGAGUUCAAUGGGCUUCAGCACCUCACCUCUCUUCGCCAAUUGAUGAUCAGUGAUUGUCCUAAGCUUGAGUCCAUGCCAGAAGAGGGGCUUCCCUCCUCUCUUGAAUACCUUAACAUCCUGAACCUGACAAAUCUGAAAUCUCUGGGCUACAGGGGGCUUCAGCAGCUCUCCUCUCUUCACAAAUUGAAUAUCUGGAGUUGUCCUCAGCUUGAAUCCAUGCCAGAACAGGGACUGUCCUCCUCCCUUGAAUAUCUUGAAAUUGGAGAUUGUCCUUUGCUAGAAAAAAGGUGUCGGAAGGAGAUAGGCGAAGAUUGGCCCAAGAUUUCUCACAUCCCCUUUAUACAUAUUCAAGCAUUCAGGAGGAUAAGAAAUUGAGCAGGAACAGUCUUCUGUCAUUCGCGCUACAUAUCUACUAAUUUAUCAGCUUUGCAAAUGUGGUGUUAUAAAUUCUUGAGAUUCCUCGUGUCACUAAUGGCUAGUCAUGGAGCAUUGUAUUUUCACAAAAACAAGGUUUAAUCGUCAUGCACUCAUGUUGUUAAUGUUACCCAUUCCAUGUUUUGCUAUAAACAAGGUGUCUGCUUUCAGUGCAAA